UAAAGCACAGCAAAAGUCACUGCUCCCCUUCUUCCUUCAUGCAACCGAACCCACAGCGAGGCAGGCAGCGGCGGGGUACGUAAAACGAAACCACCGGAGCCCGUGUGCGUGAAGCCUGCGCACAAAGAUGAUGAAUUAGUAAAACAAGAGCUCCGGUAACAGGACGAUCCGGACUCGGGGUUUCAGCAGAGGACACAUGUGGAGGUUAUGUCUCUAGAAGAAGGCCAGCUUUAAUAGGCUGCAGCGUCACGGAGGCAGCACUGUGCGCACUGGAAACCCGGGAUUCAAUUGGUGGAACCACGAGGGGAGCCCCGACCUUUUUCACUGCAGGAGGAGCAGACUUAAGGGAACCGAGAGAGAGAAGGACAAAUAGAGAGAGAGACUCCACUGCCAAGACCGCAGCAGCAGUGUGCGCAGUUUCCAAAUCGGCACAGCCUCCUCUGCUGCACGGCAUGAGGGACUUCACCCAAACUGCGCACUGACUCUGCAGGAUGCACCUCAGCGCCUGCGUACUUUGUUAGACAGCCUGUUCCGGACUUGUGCAGGAAUUUGUGUCACAGGCUGACCACAGCUGCGACAUUUCCCCCCCAAUCAAAGUGAGUUUCUCAUCCCCUGAGCUGUGGCCUUGUGGCGGACAUGGGAAAUGUAAACAGUAGUCGGGCUGGAUUGUAACUACGCACACUUCCCACGUCCUCCUCCCGCCUCCUACUGGGAUGGAGAUGGAGACGGAGAGGGUCGAGCCGGAGCCGGAGAGGGAGGCAGAGCCGCCCAUGCACAGCGUCCACGGUACCAACCGGAUAAGACCGUCCUCGUACCGGGCCCUGCGCAGCGCGGUGUCCAGCCUGGCCCGCCUGGAUGACUUCAGCUGCGAGAAGAUCGGCGCUGGCUUUUUCUCAGAGGUGUUCAAGGUGCAGCACCGUGUGUCGGGUCAGGUCAUGGCUCUGAAGAUGAACAUCCUGGCCAGCAACAGAGCCAACAUGCUCAGGGAGGUCCAGCUCAUGAACAGAAUGUCGCACCCCAACAUACUCAGGUUUAUAGGAGUGUGUGUCCAUGAGGGGCAGCUCCACGCCCUUACGGAGUUCAUUAAUGGAGGGAACUUGGAGCAGCUGUUGGGCAGCGACGUGUACCUGUCGUGGAGCGUGAGGAUGAGCCUGGCCCUGGACAUCGCCCGGGGACUGCAGUACCUGCACAGCAAGGGCAUCUUCCACAGGGACCUCACCUCCAAGAACUGCCUGGUGCGCUGGGAAGGCCGUGUGUGCUCGUCCGUGGUGGGAGACUUUGGGCUGGCGGAGAAAAUCCCAGAUUACAGCGAGGAAGAGGACCAGGAGCCGCUGGCUGUCGUCGGCUCCCCCUACUGGAUGGCCCCGGAGGUGCUCAGAGGAGAGGUGUAUAAUGAGAAGGUGGAUGUUUUUGCGUACGGGAUCAUCCUGUGUGAGAUCAUUGGGAGGAUACAGGCCGACCCCGACAUCCUGCCACGCACCGAGGACUUUGGUCUGGAUGUGGUGACCUUUCAGCAGAUGGUGGACGAUUGUCCUGCUGACUUCCUGGAACUGGCCAUCUCCUGCUGUAAUAUGAAUUCAAAGCAACGUCCAUCCUUCUCCGAUAUCGUGGUGGAGCUGGAGAGGCAGCAGGCUGAGAGGAAGCAGAAGGACGAACCGACAGUCAAAGCUGUUUCUCCAUCCAUCGGCCCGCUGCGACGGCGAUCCCUCUGCCUCCCGACAGACCCUCGCCUCUCCCGCAGCAAAUCCGACAUGCUCCACCCUCCGGACACGCCCCCCACUGUUACCAAUGCAAUCCCUGCUCGGGUCAACCCCUUCUCUCAGAGGGAGGACCUCAAGGGCGGCAAGAUCAAGCUGUUCGACACUCCCAGCAAGUCGGUCAUCUCCCUCACCUUCACCAUGCCUCCUCUGCCGGACUGCGACGACCACUCCGAAACCGACGGCGGUGGCAAUGUCCCGAGGAGGCACAGGCGCUGCCACUCACUGCCGUGUACGCCUCCCCCACACCUCACAGUGGCACCGAACACUGUCCUGACCGAGGAGGAGUCCACAUCUGAAGUAGACACUGUAAAUGAUGGGUCAAAUGAAGAAGAGAGACUGUUUGAAGAAGAGAAGGAGAUCAGGGAGGGGAGUGGGAGCGAUUCAGGUCUGCCGGGUCUGUCACUGGAACCCCUGUCAAUGGACCAAGAGGAUGGAGAUGGGGAGCCAAUGGACUGCGCCAGCUCCCCGGACACACAAGACAGCAGUUCAUCUUCUUACUCCAAACUCUCCCCUCAUCCUACUCACUCAACUCCAAAUCAACCCUCCACCCCUCCCUACUCAAACGGCUGGGGGUCGGCCAUCUCCAACGGGCCGCCGUGCCUGCCUCCCCUCUCUAAUUUGGACAACAACAACGUGGUCGUGAGUCGACAAAUAACCAACAACAACGGCUACCACUCCCCUCCCAGCGACCCCGCCGGUUCCUCCCCGUACGGCUCGGGCAGCGGUCACUCCCUGGACCAGGAGGAGGUGAUCUCCUGUCCCGGCUGCUGCCUCGCCGGCCUCCGCUUCCCCUCCAUGUGUCUCAGAGCUCCACCGCGCAGAAACCCUUACAAGAACUUGAACGGGGACCAUGCAGCGUCACGUGGGCUGCUCGCUCCGGGACCAAAAGGCCUACCUUCCUCUCCCACCCCAACAACCACCACCACCAGCCUGGAGCCGGGACUCGCCUUGCCGGGGGCGCAGACUUAAACUUCUCAACACCAAUUGUGGAAACUUUGCACCAAAAGCUCCCCCCUGGAAAUUAAGCGGGUCUUCUUAGAAUUUGCACAGAUUUUAACGCAGCAAUACCCUGCUUUUUUUCUAGACUCACUUUUUGGUGCAGUUGGGUUUAGAGAAACACACUCCAGGCUGACUUUUACAAUGAAAGCUGUGGGAGAAGGGACUCUUUGCUGUUGCAUGUCGCCCUCUGCUGGGCUGAGGACGACAUGACUGAUUAUCCAUAGCGUCCAGAACUGUUCAGCAUGUAAACAGUUUGGUUGGAUCCCUUAUAUCCGGGGAUGAAAGACUCUCAUGACUGAUGUUAUUGACGAUGCUGAAAUGAGGAAUGUUAAGCUUAGUAUUAUUACGGCUGCAAUUACUUUUGUUGUUUGGUGCUGAACGAACAGGCAGUUUUUGCUUUCAUGUCUUUAAUUAUCAAGAGGGUGUAUGGUGCACUGCUGGACUGUGUGUGUGUGUGGGUGAGAGAGGUUGGAUGUGUGUGUGUGAGAGAGAGGAAAGGUAAGAGGGUGUGUGCUGUACACCGUUCUUAUGACCUUUUAUGUUGCUGUAUGAUCUCUGUUGGACCUGCUGGUCGCCUGGUUAAGCACUUCAACUGUAUUACUGUUGUGAAUAAGGAAACUAUUGAUAUUAUUAUUAUUAUUAUUAUUAUUACUUUGAGGAAUGAAUGGUCAAAGACCUGCUUAUGAGAUGUACAGAUUCUUAUUAUUUAAAGAUGGAAUUGAAUAAAAAGAUAGAAUAUA